AUGUUUUGGAAGUUUGACCUCCACUCAUCAUCCCACAUAGACACACUCCUAGAGAGAGAAGACGUGACUCUGAAGGAGCUGAUGGAUGAGGAAGACGUUUUGCAGGAGUGCAAAGCUCAGAACCGCAAACUUAUCGAGUUUCUGUUAAAAGCAGAAUGUCUGGAAGAUUUAGUCUCAUUCAUUAUAGAAGAACCACCUCAAGACAUGGAUGAAAAGAUCAGAUACAAGUACCCGAACAUCUCGUGUGAGCUGCUCACCGCCGACGUCUCCCAGAUGAACGACCGGCUGGGGGAGGACGAGGCCCUGCUCGUGAGGCUGUACAGCUUCCUCCUGAACGACUCGCCCUUGAACCCACUGCUCGCCAGUUUCUUCAGCAAGGUGCUAAGUAUUCUCAUCAGCCGGAAACCGGAACAGAUCGUGGAUUUCUUGAAGAAGAAGCGUGACUUUGUCGACCUUCUCUUGAAGCACAUAGGAACCUCUGCCAUCAUGGACUUACUGCUCAGGCUGCUCACCUGCAUUGAGCCUCCACAGCCCAGGCAAGAGGUGUUGAAUUGGCUGCACGAGGAGAACAUCAUCCCGAGACUGGUGGAGAUAGUUCACCCAGCACAGGAGGAAGAUCGGCACUCAAACGCUUCCCAGUCACUUUGUGAAAUCGUUCGUCUGAGCAGAGACCAGAUGUUACAAAUUCAGAACAGUACAGAGCCAGACCCCCUGCUCGCCACUCUAGAGAAGCAAGAAAUCAUAGAGCAGCUGCUGUCAAACGUUUUCCACAAGGAGAGGAACGAGUCUGCCAUCGUCAGUGCCAUCCAGAUCCUGCUGACAUUGCUGGAGACCCGACGGCCAACAUUCGAAGGCCACAUAGAGAUCUGCCCACCAGGCAUGAGUCAUUCAGCUUGUUUGGUCAGCAAGAGCGUUCUAGAAGCCAUCAGAGGAAGACUUGGAUCGUUUCAUGAACUCCUGCUUGAGCCACCCAAGAAAAGUGUGAUGAAGACCACGUGGGGUGUGCUGGACCCGCCUGUGGGCAGCACCCGGCUGCACGUGAUUAGGUUGAUCUCCAGCCUGCUGCAGACCAAUUCCACCAGCAUAAACGGGAGCCUGAUUGAGCUGAACAGCAUCGGUGUGAUCCUGGACAUGUUCUUCAAGUACACGUGGAAUAACUUCCUUCACACCCAGGUGGAGAUCUGUGUGGCGCUGAUUCUUGCAAGUCCCUUCGAAAACACAGAAAACGGCACAAUCACUGAGCAGGACGCCGUGGGGGACAAUUUGUUACUGAAACACCUCUUUCAAAAAUGUCAGUUAAUAGAACGAAUACUUGAAGCCUGGGAGAUGAACGAGAAGAAACAGGCGGAGGGAGGCCAGCGGCACGGGUACAUGGGCCACCUGACGAGGAUCGCCAACUGCAUCGUGCACAGCGCGGACAAGGGCCCCAACAGCGCUGCGGUGCAGCAGCUCAUCAAAGAUCUUCCGGAUGAAGUCAGGGAGCGGUGGGAGACGUUCUGCACCAGCUCCUUAGGAGAAACGAACAAGAGGAACACGGUGGAUCUAGCCUUUUCUGAUUAUCAGAUGCAACAAAUGACGUCCAAUUUUAUUGACCAGUUUGGCUUCAACGAUGAGAAGUUUGCAGAUCAAGAUGACAUUGGCAAUGUUUCUUUUGAUCGGGUAUCAGACAUCAACUUCACUCUGAAUACAAGCGAAAGUGGAAAUAUUGCCUUGUUUGAAGCAUGUUGUAAGGAAAGAAUACAACAGUUUGAUGAUGGUGGCUCCGAUGAGGAGGACAUCUGGGAGGAAAAACACAUUGCCUUUACCCCGGAAUCCCAAAGACGGUCCAGCUCUGGGAGUACAGACAGUGAGGAAAGUACAGACUCUGAGGAGGAAGACGGAGCCAAACAAGACUUGUUUGGACCCAGUGGUGCCAAUGCAGAGGACAAGAUGGAGGUGGACUUGAAUGAGCCACCCAGUUGGUCGGCCAACUUCGAUGUCCCCAUGGAGACAGCCCACGGUGCUCCCUUAGACUCGGUGGGCUCCGACGUCUGGAGUACAGAGGAGCCCAUGCCAGCCAAGGAGACGGGCUGGGCUUCGUUCUCAGAGUUCACGACUUCCCUGAGUACAAAAGACUCUUUAAGGAGUAAUUCUCCUGUGGAAAUGGAGACCAGCACUGAAGGCCUGGACCCGCUGACCAGCACUGUGGCCGCCCUCCCAGCACAGCCUGAAGUGCCAGGCAGUGUGGCCAUGGAAGCCAGCUCUGACGGGGAGGACGACGCUGGGAGCACAGACGAGGUAACUGAGACGGUGAUGAAUGGCGGCAUGAAGGAGACACUCAGCCUCACUGUCGACGCCAAGACGGAGACUGCAGUCUUCAAAAGUGAGGACGGAAAACUGUCUACCUCUCAAGACGCUGCUGGUAAACGCGCAGCAGAGGGGAGCCCUGAGAGGGCGGAGGCCAAGUCCACAGCCCCCCAGCCCCCCAGCAGUGGCCCAGAGCAGAGGACUGACCAGCCAAGUGUGCCAGGUGACACGUCAGUCAACGGCCCUGUAUGAUGAGUGACCACUGCUGCUGUUGACUGAGGACUGCAGACCGCCACCAUCAGGGGCUUCUGGAGGGUUCCACGGACCUGCCGAGCCAGUCACUGCUGCACUCAUUCUGCAAGGGAUCAGGACCAGCACCCUUUCUCCUCUAGACUCUGAGACCUUGUACAGAGAGACUCGGACAUGUACAAAGAUUGCACAUUGACAAAUACCAGGAAUUUUUGCGAAUGUUUAUAUUGUGUUGUUCUAAAUAACGGGUGGUCUGUGGAGUAAGACCUUGCCGUCCAUGUAACAACAGUAGUCAUGCCAUAGUUCAAACGGCUGUAAGAAUAGUUUUAUAAAAGUGAAUACACAGAUCUAUUGUAUUUGAGGCAUAAUGAUUUGACAAUUAUUAGUGUGACCAAAGUAUUAGGCAGUUCCCAUGCACCUUUCCCCUUUGUACAAAAGCCUGAAGUCGUUCUCCC